AUGGACGCCGACCAGAGAAAAGCUCUGAUUCUAAAGCUCCGGAAUCAAUCCUCUCAGAAGUAUUCCCUCAGUGUUUUUUUCAUUACCGUAACGACCUUGAGAGUAUGAACAUAAUUAAAAGGACACAAUACUAAAGUGUCAAAAAUGAUUCCUAUGAAAAAAAUGAAAAAUGAGAGCGGAUGGGCCGACCUGGGCCUCAACUUUUCACUGGCAAGAACAACGUCAUCGUCAGCAAAAGCUGAAAAAACCGUAGAGAAUAAAAUAGAGACUGAUGAUGAUAAUUUCGAACUCUUCGAUGCUAAAUCGAGGAAAACGAAAGAUUUAUCCGGAAUAUUAGAGGCUUGCAGACCGACAAAAGCUGCAGAAUUAUCAGUAAGUAAGCAGAAGCAGAAUGAGAUCGUAGAGUGGUUAACUUCUGAAGCAACAACAGGAAGGUCGAGGAUUUUGCUGCUCUCCGGGACUUCUGGCAGUGGAAAAACUAUCGCUCUUAAAGUAUUGGCUGAGGAACACGAUUUUAACGUGAUUGAGUGGAUCUCUCCAAUAGACUCUGCGUAUUCUAACGAUAUUAAAUAUUUGAAUCAAAAUGAUAAAUUUGUGGAGUUCCUUGUAAGAGUCACGAGGUAUAACUCAGUGUUUGGCAGAUCUAGAAAACGUCUGCUACUCGUUAAAGAUAUUCCCAACAUCUAUUUUAUGGAUACCAAUGGUUUUCACGAGGUGCUGAGACAGUAUAUGAAAUUGGGAAGGCAGCCACUUGUUUUUGUCUGCGCUGACUCCGAAAGCAGUAGAAUGAUGUAUUCGCUAUUUCCACCAGAGAUUGUUGAGGAAUUGGAAAUCGAUAGGAUUAAUAUUCCUUCUACUACUCCCACUGCCAUGAAAAAUAUGUUGAAACGUAUUUCGAAAAUUUUGAAUGCAAAGUUUGGGGAUCUCAUUGAUGUGACGCAGAGUGUUAUCGAUGAAGUUCUCUCUAACAGCAUCGGAGACGUUCGGAGUACAAUUUUGAAUACCAUUUUUGCUUCUCUAAAAGUUUCAAAUGAUGGCUCAAAAAAUGAUUGCGGAAGUCGAGAAGAAAGUUUGGGACUUCUCCAUGGCAUUGGGCGCGUCAUCAAUCCUAAGAGAAUAGUUGAUGGAAAUAAAUGGAAAUUUACUCAUGAUCCUGAUGAUAUUGCCGCAUACUUCAGAUCACAGUCGAGGAUUUUUUUCAAUUUUCUGCAGGAAAAUUAUUUGAAUACAAUGGAGAAGAUCGAGCAGGUGGAGAGAUGUGCCGAAAUCUUGAGUCUCGCUGAUACAAUCAGUAUUGAAUAUCGAGAAGCCAAUUUGAUAAACGUCAAUCUGUCAAUGUGCAUUAGAGGAGUUAUGGUAAACAAUGAGAAGCCGUUGACCAAAUGGAAUCCAGUGAGAAAACCAAAAAGAGGGGAUGCAGAAAUGCAAAGAGAUACGGGAAUUGCGGAAGAACAAUUUUAUACAAAAAUAAUUAACCCAGGGAAAUAUCCGUGUGAUCUUAAUGUAGAUUACAACGUUAAGGAGUGAUAACUCCAGUGAAAUAUAUAAAUAAUGAUGAUUAAUUAUCAAACAAAUGUAAAAAUUCUUGAAUUAUACACUUUUAUAUUCUUUUGUAAA